AGCUCGGAGCUGAUAAUCCAGAUCUUAAGACCAGUGAUGGCGAUGAAGACAUGUCUGCGAGCGGCGAUGAUUUAGCCAUUCUUCACAACUCUAAUUCCGGAGAAUUGCCCGAAGAUUUGUAUACAUUUCAUGAGACAAUAUCUCAUUUACAAGAGAUAGAGGAAGAGAUUCUUGAUGUCCACAAGAAUGUGAUCGAUAACAUCCCGCGUUGGAGUCAAACACAUAUAGAUUUGCUUCAAAUGACUUCAGAGGUUGACUACGACGUCGACGCUUACGCCCAGCAGUUGGAGGAAGUGUUGGAUGAGAAUCUGGAAGUGUUGCUGAAGUUUAAGGAAAAAGUGGUUAACUUUAGGACUCAACUCAAUGAAGAGGAGCUGAUGAGCAAAAAGUUCGGC